AUGGAGGGCAAGCAAAUGAAAUGGGCGGCGGAGGUAGAGGCUGAGGCAGAGGCAGUGGCGGCUUUUGUUGAGAAAGUAGUCGGGGACUGGGACGAUGAGGCCAUGAGUCGAGCAAGGUUUAAGGCCCUAAGCGGACAGAGGUCUGAUUGGGAGCCGCUCUAUCUUUUCUGGAGGAAUUUGAUUAUCAAGGUCGCUCGCCACCUCCGCAUCUUCAUCAUCCGCCCUACCCACGUCAAAAGCCUCUGGUUUCGACGAGCUGGCUUGACGCCGUUGUGCCUCGAUCGCGUCCUUGUCGAGAUGCAUCGCGCGGGUGACUUAUUGCUGCCCCACACUCAUCCUAGUUCAUCUUCACCUUCCCGAUUCUCCAUCGUUUUCGACAGAGCCCUAGGUUUUUUGGGCGUGAAAAACAACGAUGAUCUUUCUCUCGCCGGAGAUUACUAUAUUCUUGAACCGCUGUUGCAGGAGAGAUCCCUUGAAGUGGUCCAUGUAUUGUCCGAAAAUCAUUGGACGUCUUGUUGUGUUGUUACCAUGAGGAAAUUUCAGGAUAUCUGUGAUGGAUCAGAGGAGAAAGCACUUGCAAUCUUGGGCUACUUGUCGGCACGCGGUAGAGCGAAACUUCUCACCAUCAACAGACCGGAUCUAAUUCAGGGAGUGAAAGUGUGUCUUGCUCCUGGAGCUGUUUCUAAUCCCUCAAGUGUGGAUUACUCUAUUUUGCACUUAGUUUGGACUACGGAGAAACUUGAGCAGCAGCUUGAUUCCAUCGACCAACGCUAUCAAAAAAGCAAAACUUUGGCUUUAGCUUCUAUUAAAGAUGGAAACAAGAGACGUGCCUUGAGAUAUGCAGCAGAACUGAAGCUUGCUUCUCAGAGCAGAGAAAGAUGUUCGUCUUUUCUUCAGCGGGUGGAAAAAGUUCUCGAGGUCAUUACAGAUGCCGAGUCCUCUAAAAAGCUUUCAGAUGCCAUUCAAAGCUGCACACAGGCUUUGAAGGAAAACCAAAUCAAUCUUGAAGAAGUUGAGAGGUGUCUGCAGGAAGUCGAUGAGAACAUUGAUUCACUCAAACAACUUGAUAAAGCUUUAGAAUCGGCAAAUGCAUAUGGAGACAUAGAUGAUGAUGAUGUCGAAGAUGAAUUUGAAAAGCUGCAGCUGGGCAUUUCAAGCGAAGAGGUCAAAGCACCAAUUGCAGCAGAAGAAGAGGUUUCACAAACCCAUGUUCUGAGCAGUGCCCUAUCUAGACUUCAUCUUACAAGCGAAGCAGAAUGCGAUAUAAUACCUGUAAGCAACAAAAGUAUGCCUAAGGAGAGCGUUCUUGAAACUGCUUGA